AGGGUCACCGUGUCCAACCGUGACCACCAUCCGACAGCCCCGAGGCUCUCAAGACAGGUGGCAGAGGAGCUGUGGGUGGGAGAAGCAGAGCUGGUGCAAAGGGCGCACCCCAGCCUCAUGCCUGCUCCUAGAAAACCCUGCAAGGUGCCCAUGGGCUGGACCAUGAGGCUGGCUACGGCAGCCCUGUUCCUGGGCCUCACGAUGGCGGUCCCCGGAGAUGAAGAGGACAGUGACCCAUGUGUGUACGAGGCCUUGUCUGACAGCGACGCUGUGCUCUGCAAGGGCCUCAAAGUGUUCUACCCAGAGUUGGGGAACCUCGGCUGCAUGGUGGUUCCUGAGUGCAACAACUACAGACAGAAGAUCACCUCCUGGACUGAGCCAAUUGUCAAGUUCCCUGGGGCCUUGGACGGUGCAACCUAUAUCCUGGUGAUGGUGGAUCCAGACGCCCCCAGCAGGUCCUCUCCCAAAGCUCAGUUCUGGAGACAUUGGCUGGUGACAGAUAUCAAGGGCACUGACAUAAGGAAAGGGAAGAUACAGGGCCAGGAGUUAUCACCCUACCAGCCUCCCUCCCCACCACCAAAAAGUGGCUUCCAUCGCUACCAGUUCUUCGUCUAUCUUCAGCAGGAAAAGAGCAUCUCUCUCCUUCCCAAAGAAAACAAAACUCGAGCUCAUCCUCCAGAAAGCACAGUGGUCUGGGUGCCUUUCCUAUGAUACUGGCAGCAGCGAGGAAGCUGGAAACCUCUGGAAGCUGAAACCCAUUAUUAGUCCCUUUGGAUCUUUGCCAGCACCCCACCACCACCACCACCACCAUGCCUUCUUCCAUCUAUGUGAAAACUUAGGAAUUGGACUUGCCCCCAGGCAGAGUUCCUUUGACUUCCAUGCUAUUUUGUUUGCUUCCAGAAAAGCAGACAGUAAAAUUAUUCUCCCAGAUGAAAGCUCCAGCCGGGGUCCAGUCCCAUCCUGGACGCCUUCCACACGCCCUUGGAGUGUGGCUUCAGAGAGGCCACCAUCCAGGUCUCAAUCCAGCCCUCAAGAGGCUUACAGUCGACUUUGGAAACACUUAAAGAACGAUGCAGAGCAACAUAUAAUUAAGCACUUAAUGGUGUGCUUCUGUCUGUAAGGACAAGUGGAGACCAUGUGGACUGAGGGACAGUCCUGCCCCUUCCCAGGAUCCCCUUCCCCCCAGGAGGACACCCUCUUCAGCCAGGAAGGGUGAAAGGAGUUUUGCUGCAGAGGGAGGAAAUGUUGAUGUCCAGUCUCUAGCUACUGAUUUGACUUUGGGGCAAGUCACCUAACGUCUCUGGGCCUCAUCUGGAAAAGGAGGAGUUGAAUUUAGAUGAUCUACAAACCCAUAUGGUUCUGGAGCUGCUUGGAAGAGGCAGGCAUGGACCACCAGGCCCUGGAGAAGGAAGAGUUAAAUCCUUGAGUGGAAGAAACAGGGAGUUCUGAGCUGGAGAAACCAAAGAUGCAGUGUUUUUGUUGGUUUUUUUUUGUUUGUUUGUUUGUUUGUUUUAAGUGAGAAGUUCCCUGGGGCCCUAGCAGUUAAGGAUCUGGCAAUGUCACUGCUGUGGCAGGGGCCCUGCUGUGGCGGGAGUUGGUUAGAUCCCUGGCCCAGGGAACUUCUGCAUGCCAUGGGUGCAGACAAAAAAAAAAA